AUGGGAAAAAUCGCCUGCAUAGAUCUACACUUGCUCAUUAUUCUCAAGAGUGGCCAACGAAAAAUUAUCACAGAUAUGUUUGGACUUGGAGGAGCAGCCCCACAAAUCUCGUCGCAACAAAAGCUUCUGGCCGCCGAGGCCGAGUUGGAUAUGGUCACAGGAAUGUUCAACCAACUUGUAGAACAAUGUCACAGCAAAUGUAUCAAUAAAUCGUAUAACGACUCUGACGUUUCCAAGCAAGAAGCUCUCUGCUUAGACCGAUGCGUAUCGAAAUACUUUGAGACUAAUGUGCAAGUCGGGGAGCACAUGCAAAAGAUGGGCCAGUCUGGCCAGUUUAUGGGUCGUCAAUAG